AUGACCGAUCCGACUAUCGCCCAGGACAACUCCGACCCUGUCACAUACACGUGCACGUGUCCAGCUCAAGACGAAGGUGGCAGCGUCCUGUUAUUCUAUCGCUACUGGGCCAACACGCCAAUUCUGCCCUCAUCGCACACGCCCAAAACCUAUGAUACUCAGAGCCUCGCCAUCUUCCACGAACAGCUUACAUCCGAGCUUGGAAUAGGAGGCAAGUUCCGAAUAGCAAACGAAGGGUUCAACAUCACUCUAGGCGGUACGACUUCUGCGAUUAACAAAUACAUCGAUGCGUGCUGCGCACACUGGUCGUUCGCCGGCAUCGACUUAUCCACUCCCUCAGCGUGUGAUGCGUACUUCAAACCCACACCAGGAUGUGCGUGCGCCUUCAAUAAGAAGGCAUCUGUGAGAGUCACAGCCGAGAUAACACCUCUGGGUGUCACCAACUACGCCCCUUCAUCGUGGUCGAAUGUCAUUUCUCUACCUCCUGCCCAGUUUCAUGACCUGUGUCAAGCAGGCGAGAUACCACUGAUUGAUGUGCGAAACCACUAUGAGAGCCGCAUUGGGUACUUUGUCACUGGAGAUGGAACCGUUGCUGUAAGACCUGCAGUGCGUAGGUUUAGUCAGUGGCCCGGGUAUGUUGUGAGACAUGUACUGGGCAACGAUUUGUACAAGAAGCCGGAAGGGAUAGCAACUUAUUGUACUGGCGGCAUUCGGUGCGAGAAGGGUGCGCGCUGGAUGCAGGAGGCCUUGGUGAAGGGAGGGCGGACCAGUGAUGCGCCGGUGUACACACUACAUGGCGGCAUCGUAGCAUAUCAAACCUGGAUGCAAGAGGAGAUCAAGGCGGGGAGGAAACAGCCUCAGGACAGCUUCUUCAAAGGAAGCAAUUACGUUUUCGAUGCAAGAGGCGCAAUCGGUGCUCAAGACGCGGUUUCGGCAUGUCACAGUUGUGGGAAAUCGGAGGAUCGCCUUGGUAAGUGCGGAGUAGCGGGAUGUCAUUUGGUACUUGUGGUUUGUGAGUCAUGUGAGCGAGAAGGUGGCGUAAGCUGCUGCGACGACUGUCGUCACAUCAGCACGGAACAGCUAGACUCAUCAUUAAGAAGCAGACGCAUGUGCAAAUGCGAAAACGACAGAGAGAAGUCACUCUGGGGUGAUGGAGGAGCCAGGCUUGAGCAAGGCAAGCGACGACAGAAGACGAAGCAUGCAGUAGCGGAAUGA